GUAGAGCCAGCGGUGCCCAGUCGGGUGGUGCGAAUUCAGUGAGGUGGUGCGAAUUUAGUGAGUUCCCGAGUGUCGCUGAUUUCUGUCGGUGUUGUGGAUAUAUCGCCGUCAUCGGUUGUCGGUUUUAAUUUUUUGUUGCUUGUUGUCUAACGGUAUUGCUGCACCGCAUCUGGCAGCUAAUUGACAGCAAGGAGUCCGCGCUAAUAAUACACAUUUUCAAUUAAUUAAUUAAAGAGAACGCAAAACCCUCAAUCAGAGUAUCGGAAAUCCAUAUUGAGUAUACGCCCCCGAUCCGCCAGUUAAUUAUCUUUGCUGAUAAUCCAGCAAGCAAAUGAAUGAGGCAGAAGGACAAGAUGCAUGUGCCAUUUUAGAGGAAAUCGGGAACAAACUUUAGGAGCAGUAUCAUAGCCACUAAGAAGAUAUUGAUAUAUGUAUAUACCACACUUUUUAUCUUAGAGCACGUUGAUUUCAAGAGUUAACUUUUACCUACAUAUAUAUAGAACCCGCUUACACACACAAUGGGUAAGGACUACUACAAAACCUUAGGGCUGCCAAAAACUGCCACCGAUGAUGAGAUCAAAAAGGCCUAUAGGAAACUGGCCCUGCGCUAUCAUCCCGAUAAAAACAAAGCCGCCAAUGCGGAGGAGAAGUUCAAAGAGGUCGCCGAGGCCUACGAGGUCCUGUCCGACAAGGGCAAGCGAGAGGUGUACGACAAAUAUGGAGAGGAUGGUCUGAAAAGUGGAGGCACUCGAAAUGGCGGCCCUUCGACCAACACCUUCACAUAUCAGUUCCAUGGAGAUCCGCGUGCCACAUUUGCCCAGUUCUUUGGCAACAGCAACCCGUUCGCUUCGUUCUUCGACAUGGGUGACAACCUGUUCGACAAGAACGUCUUCGACCUGGACACUGAACCCGACUUCUUUUCAUCGCCCUUUGGGGGCAUAGGCUCACGACAUGGUCUCGGCAGUGCCUUCAGGCCCUCUUUCAGAUCACACUCCUUCAAUGUGCACACGCCGUUCAAGAAGGAGCAGAAACAGGAUCCGCCCAUCGAACACGAUCUCUAUGUGACGCUCGAGGAGAUCUACCACGGCUGUGUUAAGAAAAUGAAAAUCUCCCGACGCAUCGUCCAGCCAGAUGGCAGCUCCCGCAAAGAGGACAAGACCCUUCAGAUAUCAAUCAAGCCAGGUUGGAAGUCCGGGACCAAGGUCACCUUCCAGAAGGAGGGCGAUCAAGGGCCAGGAAAAAUCCCCGCCGACAUAGUGUUCAUUAUUCGGGACAAGCCGCAUGCCAUGUUCAAGCGAGAGGGAAGCGAUUUGAGAUACACGGCGAGAUUGACGCUAAAGCAGGCUCUCUGCGGCGUUGUCUUCCAAGUUCCUACCAUGUCCGGCGAUAAGCUACGCAUCAGCACCAUGCAGGAGAUCAUCAAGCCGAACACGGUGAAACGAAUCCAGGGCUAUGGCCUGCCCUUCCCCAAGGACACGUCGCGCAAGGGCGAUCUCCUGGUGGCCUUCGACAUCCAGUUCCCGGAGAAACUGACUGCUGCUCAAAAGGAAGUGCUCAGGGAUAUGUUAUGAGGGAUGAGGGCGGAGGAAUUCAAAAGCAAAACCAACACCACCAGCAACGACUCAGACUCACCACACACACACCCACAAAACAAAGUCCGGCCAGUACCGGAUAUAGUCAGUCAUAUCACUAAAACAGCACCCAUAUUUCUCUCUAUGUUCUUCUAUCCAUGGUCCUAACAUCGCACCUAGGUCUUCCUCAAACAUUUUCCUUGUUUUUGUGUUCAGAGAAAAAAGAAUUGCCCAUUUCUACAGGAUCUUUUCUCUAACCCAUCGGCUUUGCUCAUCUGCGCCACGAACAUGUAUGUUAUGUUGACCAUAGUUAUUAUAUCAUUAAUUCUUAAUUUAUUUGUCUAAAUUAAAGAUACAUUUAAUAAAUUUACACACAAACACAGAACAAAAUACUUGUGGAAGAAAAACAAAAAAUCAGUUAAAGUUAA